AUGCGUUCCAUUCCAAUCCUAGCCUCACUGGCUGCCAGUGCUCUCGCAUAUGCCUUGCCACCAAAGACCACCACAGACACUGAUGGCGUCCAGCUCCCCCUCGUCAUCUGGCACGGCCUCGGGGAUGACUUCGAACGCGACGGUCUGAAACAAGUCGCCGAACUAGCCGAAUCCAUAAACCCUGGAACUUAUGUCCACCUGAUCCAACUCGCCGGAGAUGGUAGUGGAGAUCGCCAGGCAACCUUCCUCGGCAACGUCACGGAGCAAAUCGCCUACGUCUGCGAGCAGCUCGCCACAGACCCAAUCCUUCGCACCGCGCCCGCCAUCAAUGCGCUAGGCUUCUCGCAGGGCGGUCAAUUCCUCCGCGGCUAUAUCGAGCGCUGCAACUCCCCACCCGUACACAACCUCGUCACAUUCGGCAGUCAGCACAACGGCAUCUCGGAAUUCCAGUCGUGCAAGUUGGGCGACUGGCUAUGCAGUGGAGCCGAGGCACUACUUCGAUCCGGUCGAUGGACAAGCUUUGCGCAGUCGCGCGUUAUACCGGCGCAGUACUUCCGCGAUCCUACGGACAUGGAGCAGUACCUUGAAUACAGCAAUUUCCUGGCCGAUAUCAACAAUGAGCGCGAGUUCAAGAACCAGGAUUACAAAAAUAAAUUGAUGUCCCUGAAUCGGUUUGCUAUGUUCAUGUUUGAAGAGGAUACUGUUGUUGUGCCGAAAGAGAGUUCUUUCUUCGCUGAGGUAAAUGGCACCACCGGCGAGGUGACUCCUCUGUACGAGAGGCCUAUCUACAAAGAGGAUUGGCUGGGUUUGAAGGUUCUUGACGAAGAAGGAAAGUUGGACUUUAAGACUUCCCCUGGGCAGCACAUGCGUUUGUCCGAGAAGGUGCUGAAGAAGACUUUCGAAGAAUACUUUGCUCCACUGAAAGAAGAGCAGAGUACUUCUUCGCACGGUCUUGUCGUACAGCGUGAUCAUUGA